AUGGAGAACGGAUUUCGAAGCAUUCUGCACCUUAGCUAUCGUGAUUAUCGCUCCGUGCCCGAGGAGCUACGCGAGUGUUCCGACGCGAUCGAUGAGAUCUAUCUGAAGGAAAACCUUAUACGCUUUCUGCCCGAUUGGUUUUGCGUCGAUAUGGCUCACCUGCGGUUUCUAUGUCUGGCCGGGAACGUGAUCGACACACUUCCCAGUGCGAUCGGUCAGCUGGAGUGUCUGGAGACGUUAGAUCUAUCAGGCAAUUCGCUCCAACACUUACCUCACACGCUUGGCGAGCUAAGGCGCUUAGUUAAACUUCUGCUGAACGGGAAUCUGCUUCUGCAGCUACCAGCAGAACUAGGCCACUUGAAGAAGCUAGAAGUGCUGGAAGCUCGCAAGAAUCGACUCACUACCAUCCCGAUCCAGCUCGCUCACUGUACCGCGCUGCAGGAUCUGCUGCUCGACGACAACCCGGGUUUGGUGUCGAUUCCGACGCGACUCUUCAGCCUGCCAGCCCUCUGCUUCGUCUCGGCCGAACGCUGCAAUCUGUACCAGUUACCGUUUACCAUCAACACGACCAGUCUGCUGUUCGUGCGGUUGUUCGCCAACAACCAAUGCCUUACGCACUGUCCGCUACCACUUGAACGCUUUGCUCAACCGGAUUACGAUGCGCUCGAGGAAAAGAUGCGUCGCAUAAGGAAUCCACCCUGUUACCGGCACGUCCGAUGCCAUCCCGUACCAUAUCUGCUAAACCUCCCGUUGGAACUCGUACGACUACAUGGAGGUAGCACGGUUGAAAGCCAACAUCAACAACCUCGAACUUUGCUCGAUCAAGCACUGAACGCCUGCAACCGGGCAUUUCGCUUCGAGGUUGGUGAAAAUGGUUUGGAGAAGCUUCAAUUGCCACAGCAUCUGGCCGUUCGGUUGCUCAAUGGACCGGUGGCGCGCUGCUCCAGUACACCAUGUGAUCGGCAGCUCUUCACCGAGGCUGUAUUGGUGCUCGUUAAGCGCCGUGAAUAUGCUCGGAACUUCCUGCUCAGUGCGUUGUUCUGUUCGCAACUGUGCGCCGUCCGCUGGUACCGGUACAACUGCGACACCUACGAGGAGUUGCCCUGGACAUUACCACCACCGUGAUAAUCGUUUACAAUCGAG